AUGAAUCCUCACAAGACAGAAGAUCUCUUCCACCAUCAUUUCCAUCACCACCAUCACCACCAUGAUUUGGGGCCACCACCUUCCCAGAUCAUGCAAUCUCCGCCGUCCAUUUCCCUCAACCCCGACGACGUCGUCCUCGACGACCCCGUAUUCCCCCCUCUCCCCGAAAUCGACCUCUUCCGCUCAUCCUCCUCCUCCCCUUCUCACUCCUCCGACGAAAACGACGACGUCCCAAACCCUAACCCCAACCGCCCCGACCCCAACUCCGACCCGAAAUCCCAACCCUUUUACAUCUCCCCGGAGCCCCACAUCUCGACCCAGUUCUACACCUUCAACCCGGAGUCCCAUUCCCUCAUGAUCAAAUGCCUUCUCGAGGGUCGCCUCGCCAACCCGGCCGAGAUCCGGGCCGCCACGCCCCGACCCGUUCUCAAGUCCUGGCGGGUCGUCUGGAAGGACCGCAACGAGGACACCGCUUACGUCACCGCAUGGAAGCGCAUCCAGGACAAGCUCGCCGCCCAUGUCGACCAAAACGGUAACGAAUUCUUGUGUUUCAAGAACAACAACCAGCAAUUCGUUUCGCACAUUAAUCAGUGGCAAGACAUUGUUAUGAGUUUUCAUAGCGACACUGACUUAAAACACUUGGCGUUGAAGGAAACCAUUGAUAGGAUUAAGCAGGUUUGGACUGUAGGUGCUAAGUUUUAUGGCAUUCCUGAGAGUUACAUUAGGGUUUGUGUUGCUGCUUGCCCUGUGUGCUCCUCGGAGAAUUCGGGCCUCUCCGGGAGGAGCAAAAGGCGGCGUUUUGAGUAUACUGAGUCCUUUGAUGUGCCUGCUAAAGAGGUGCCGACUAGGCUUCAGCAAUUGGCUGCUAAGCAUAAGGUGGUGUUGUGUAUAAGGCAGAAGUAUAUUAGGUACAAGCCCUUUAUGGCUGAGGUUAAGGACUAUGCUUGUCAUAGGGCAGGGGAGCCUGCAGCUAAGAAGUCGAAGAUUUUGAAGAGGGAGCCCUAUGCUUCUAAAAGGUGUGGCUGCGGGUUUCGAAUUAGGGCCAUUGUUCCAAUUGCGAAUUACAAUGAGAAGGACAAGACUUUUGUGUAUCAGGAAGAGGGGAUGGCGGUGUUUAAGCUGUAUGCUGUGCAUUCGGGGCAUGAGCCAGGUCCGUUGGAUGGGAAUGCAAGGAUUAUGCAUCGGGUUGUGGGGCACAAAGGUGGGCUUUUGAUGGAUCAGGAUACUGUGUACGGUGUGAGUGAGGAAUUGGACAAUGAUGGGUUUGGGCUGUUGGGGAAGGAUGAAGGGGACAUGCAGUUUUUGGUUUUGCAGCAGGUUCAGGAAUUGAGAGCUGAAGUUGGGCAGUUGGAAGAGAAAAUUGUGAAAUUGCCGCAAGAGCUUUUGGGUUCAGUGUCUCGAGAUUUGUUUGAUCUUGUGAAUAAAGUUAGACAAAUAGGAGAGGAGAGUUCGAAGCCAAUGGAUUUGCUACCAGACAAGACGCUUGCAGAUGAUAUUUUGGUCGGGGAUAAUGAUUUGGCACAUUGGAGUGAUCACCAUCACGAACGUUUAUAUGUAGAUGGCAAGGACGCUGAUUUGAUCGAGGAUGAUGAAGACAGUUUUGGGCGAACUCUUGGGGAUGCUGUCCCCUGGGAACAGCUGAGGGCAGACUGUAGGAGUCCGAAGGAUCUGAUAGGUGACCCUUGCAAGCCAGAAAAGUGGUUGAGAUGCAGUGAUUUUGAUGAGAAGAGCAUCCUUAAUUGCGAGGAUACUAAACUAACCAAGUCCUUAAGACAUGAUGAGGGUAUAGCAGGAGAUGUAGGUCUUGUUGGUAUACAGGUUGAUAGCUUCUAUCAAGGGAGUUCUAAAUGGUUUGAUUCUCCUUGUGGAUUGGACCCAGGUGCAGAUUGUGGGGAUAGUGCAUUCAGAAAUGGGGAGAUUGUUUAG